UGUUGCAAUCAUCGGUGGAGUAUGUUGCAACUGCCAAGUGAAACAGCUGAUCGCGGUUUUAAAUGCACGGGAUGUAUGGCCAAGCGGGGUAGUCUUUGUGAGAGGAGCUUAUCGCAAAGAGCUGUUUUGUUGUACCGCAAAGUUGCCACAAAUGUUGCAGAUUGUUGAACACUGUGCUGUGACUUUAUGUUGAACUUGAGAGCAAAUUCGUUGAUUUGUUGGCCGUGAAUUUUGUCUUUUUGUGCGAUCGAACACGUACUCUCAUCACCAUGUCCGCGAUCAGGUUUCCUCGAAGGGUGAGGGCGAGUUUUGCGGAUGCCUUCCAGUCGGAAUACCCCUCCCGCAUCAGGCAUAGUAUCGUGGAGGCAAUGGCCACCAAGUACCCGAGGAGGGUGCGCCACAGUAUCGUGGAGGCCCUCAACUCGGAACAACUGCAGGUGAAGAACAGGUGGGGCUGGCUGGUGACUUUCUGCACAUUCCUGAUCAUCACUCCAGUCACGGGCAUCCUGAGCGCUUUCGGUGUCAUCUUCAUCAAACUGCAGAAGGAGUUUGAAAUCAGCGACCUGGAAGUCGGAUGGAUCGGUUCCCUAGCGUUCGGUAUCAUGUUCGCCGCCUCCCCGUUCUCCACCUGUCUCUUCAAGCGCUUCGGCCACCGUCUUAUCACCAUCAUCGGUGUUCUCCUGUGCAGCGGCGGCCUGCUCGUCUCCAGCUUCGUUCCUCAUCCACAUCUCCUCUUUCUAACCUAUAGCUUGCUCUUCGGUGUUGGGAGUAACUUCAUCGACAACACUUCCCUCAACUUGGUCGGGGCCUACUUCCCGCGGAAGAACAGCGCCCGGUCCACGUGCUUCGCGACCCUGGGCUGGAGCGUCGGUUCCCUAACUCUGAAUCCCGGUCUGGAGUACUUAUCGAACGUCAUCGGCUGGCGGGGCGCCUUCCAGGUCUGCGCUGGCGGGCUGUUCGUCAUCGGGAUGCUCAGUGCAAUCACCUUCAGGCCGCCUCCCCAAAAGUACGCGGACAUGAUCGCCAGGAUGGAACGCGAGCGCCAUCUGCAGAAGCUGAUGAGGAAAGAAUCGACGAGCGGCAUCGCUGGCGAGUCGUCAGGGGGCAGUGAGUCAGGGCCGAGCGGUGGGGGCCAGGGGUCCGAGUACCAGCAUAUAGAUCACAAGAAGCACACGCUGAAACAGAACCUCGGGAACUUCAUCAAAGCUUUUAAGGCGCCGGGGAUCGUCCUUUGGUUCUUGGCCAAUAUUGCUAUGAACCUGUCGCUUAUCUUUCCCUUUGUUAACAUGAUCAAAUUCAUGACGACGAUAGGCAUCGAAGAAGCGAAGGGCAGCUUCAUCCUGACCAUGAUGGGCGUGGCUGAUCUUAUCGGGAGGUCCGGCUCGGCUUUCUUCGGCGAUUACCUGCCGAUCAAGAGUAUCUACGUCUACCCAGUCUGUACCGCUGUCAUGGCUGUGGCUACGUUCUGUCUUCUCCUGAUCAAUUCCAUCAACGGAAUGUACGCCUUCUCGAUUGUUGUUGGUCUUUGCACUGGGGUGGUUAACAGCAUGCUGUUCAAGGCGUGUAUGGAUUUGUUCGGCAGCAACAUUGUAGCGGAGUCGUGGACUUUCACGUUACUCGGAGCCGGCGUAGGAAUAUCAGUCGGACCCACCGUGGCAGGAGCGGCUUAUGACUACACACAGAAGUUCGACAUUGCGUUCUACGUGGGAGGAGGCAUGUUCAUCAUCGCGACUCUUCUCACCAUUGCCAUCCCUCUCGUCCAGAAGCGCAAGGGGUGGAUACCGCAGGUCAUCACGAAGAACGACAGCAGUUCCUCCAUGGCUACCACCAGCACUAGAGAAGAAGGCGACGUAGAAGAUGGCGACGAAAUUGUGGAGGAGUACGUGUGGGUAGUCUGAGUCUGUUUCGUCGGUUAUCCAACUGAGUUUCUCGUAGUUUAACUUUCGUAACUGAUGAAGUUCUCGGCGUAGGAUAUUUUGCGAGCGAUAUUCCUUUAUCAAUUGCAUUGAGAAAUACACCCUCUGGAAAAGGAAAAGCGUCAUGUCAAAUAGGAAUGUAGUGUGUAAGUCGUCCUGGUUGGAGUGUAUAUAUCAUUUUCACUACAGUCUAGGUGGCGUGGCGUUAUACCACAUGAGGUGUUAAUAAUUAUAUAGUGAAGAUAUAAAUCAGGCAAGCUCGUCACUUGCCAAGAAAUGCACCAGAAUCAUGCUUCCUUACGAUUGUCGCACAAAAUAAACACUGUGAAUGUGCAUGUGUACUCGGUUGAGAAGCGAGUUCUCAAUAAGGAGUUCAGGCCUUUCACACUUGCAUGGCAUUUCUAAGAUAAGUUUCUAUAGUUUUUUCAUUCGUCAUUCGGUUAGAGUAUUGUCGUAAUAGGUUUUGUUUCACUAUAUUAGCCUAUGUUAGGCUACUAUACACCACAAGUGCCUGCCAAUUGACAGCUCUGGCUGGCAGGAAAUGCUGCUUGGAAAUCGCAAGUUCGAAAAGCUUCCGUAAAAAGCAAAUUAUUGUUAAUGUGUUGCCUGAUGCUGCUUGAGUAUUUUGGCUUCUAGAAGAAUUGGAUUUCGCAAGCCAUUAAUAAAUACCUCACUAUUGAUACUAUAAUAGUAUCAACAUAUAUCAAAUAUUGAUUGCUUUAAAGCACAAGUUCGGAUGAUAUAGUUCCUAAUAGACCACGAUAUAAUUCAUGGAAUCACGCGGUCAUAGUAUAUUGGCUACAGAGAGAGAGCUUGAUAAGUCUAGUUAUAAUUAAAUACCUCACUGUUUGUCAAAUACCUCAUAAUUCAUACUUAAUGGUUACAAUAAUACAUAGGUGUAAUCAUCAAUGUGAUACAUGACAAAGUUGCCUUGUACUUGUUACAUAAAGCCAAACAUAGAGCCUUUGAAACGAUACGGGAAUUGACGGCCAGUAUAAUCUGAUAAUCGUUGACUAGCUAUACCAACCAUUUGUUUUCAAGCAUGCAUGUGAAAGUCAUCUCCUAGUGGAGUAUAAUUAUGCAGGUGUUCAAAACAAAAGGCUACAUCUGCUCAGCAAGGACACCUGCACAGAAGGCAGCAUUCUUUGCUGGUUUGUAAUAUUACAAUGUGUAUUUUCGAACCCUUUGUAUGCUAAAAUAUCAGAUGUCCAAAGGACCAGUGGAAUUGUGCAACGGGCACCCGUUUCCUGUAUCCAGGUCCUAUGAUGGUGACCACAGCCGUGCAUGCAUUGUAUUCAGAGGUAGAUAAAAUCACGACAAAGGAAGUUCGUGUGGGUUGUCAUGGUCAGAUCAACAGGAACUUAUGAGGGCCAGUUUUCUUGUCCUGCUGCAUUUCAAGUUAAAUUAUUCAUUCAUCAUUUAAAAUCGAAUUUUAGUCUAAACUACAGUCAGUUUUAUAUCACAUUAUAUUGGCUUUAGAAUCCUCAUUAUUAUGAACCCUUUAAGGUAUGAUACGUUAUUUUCAGGCAACUUUCUCUAUUCCUUCCUCCGUGAUAUAUAAUUUACGUCUACAGCUAUUGAAUGCCGGUUUAAUUUUUCCUGUUGCCUGUUGGUGCACAUGAAAAUAAGGUAGAUGCCCUUGUCCGUUUGUCCGUUAUAGCCACAGAUUAAAACUAUCUGUUAAAUGCGUGAUUUACGUAACAAAGCAAGCAGCUGUCAUGAUAAGAAAAGAUAUCUGAUAGCAGCGAAAAUACUGCGGCCUUCGAAUUCUGAACAGAUGAAAUUGGUUGAGGUGUUUUCUUGCAGACGCUGGUACAAAAUGGAAGGCGAGCUUCAUGUAAUUAAAUUUUGCAUGGAAACAUCAGAGGACUUAAAAUCAGAUUUCACAGUGCUGUAUCGGUUAUCUUUAAUGAAGCGAUGUGUUUGGAACCAAUCUAUUGUUGGACCAAUAAGCGUGCCUUUGUGGGUAAAACCCUGACAGCGGUACCUAAUACAUGUAAUAUUUAUAUGGCUUUUGGCGUUGAGUAGUUUUUAAUUCACCUGAAUUCAGGUUUUCGAAUGAAGGGAAAACACAAUUUAGUGGUUUACUAGUCUUGAUACGAGCUCACCCCUUCAUUUGCAUAUUUAUCCAGCGACAACUCAAAGAAACCAGCCACAAUCAACAUCAUUUGCAUAUUUAUCCAGCGACAACUAAAAGAAAUCAGCCACAAUCAACAUCAUUUGCAUUUUUAUCCAGCGACAACUCAAUGAAAUCAGCCACAAUCAACAUCAUUUGCAUAUUUAUCCAGCGACAACUCACAGAAAUCAGCCACAAUCAACAUCAUUAGCAGUGGGGUAGAGCGAUUUUGUAUGGGAUUCCUAUUAGGCCUUUAAAAAAAGAAAAUGGUCAACAUGCAUGAACAUUGGUACCACAUAUUUUUUUCGAUGCUGUUUAAAUGAUCCGUAUUGAAUUUAACAUAAACCAAAUCGAAGCACACUCUGGGUCAGUAAUCUGGGUCCUAUUUUGAUCUGACACUUUUAAUUCUCCGGGUCAAAAUGACACUUUUCAUGGUCAACAUCAUUUUUCGGGUCAUUGUAACCUAGAAAAGUGUGAUUUUGACCCGGAUAAAGUGUGAUUUUGACCCGGAUAAGUGUCAUUUUGAACUGGAAAACGUGUCAUCUUGACCCGGAUAAAGUGUCAGGUCAGGUCAAUUUUGACCCGGGACCUUUUGGAGCGUAAAGGCCAAAACCAAUCUGCCUUUAGUUUUGGGACAUUUUUUGCCGAUUUAAGUGCAAUUGUCUUUAAUUACACAUGAUGAAAUCAGCCAUACGCGUGUGUGUGUAUUUUUAUGUACAGUAUUAUUUAUAUGCGAGUGUAAAUAUAUUUUAUUAAAUACAUGUAGAGGUAUAGAGAGAAAGAAAGAGAAAGUUAUUCAAUAUGUCCAUGUAGAAUAGUUUUAAAUAACAAAGUUGGUAAAUCUAACAUCCUUUAAUAAAAUACAAUUAUAGAUUUCUUGAUUGUAGGUAAUUAACCUUGAUUGUUUUUAUCAUAUAUCGGUUUCACGUUGAUUUAUUUAGUAGCUAAAUACGGUAUCCCUUUAUUUUAAUUGUGAUAUAUAAAAUAUGUAACUAUUAUAUUACCAUCUUACGCACAAAUUUAAUCCUUGUAUAUUCUGUGGUCAUUUUAGUUGACGAUAACAGUCAAACGCUAUAUUAUGUUUAGAUUCUAACUUAAUAAGUAUGUAGUUGAAGAGUAGGUCUAUGUUGAUUUAGAAUUGAGCGAACAAAUUUAUAAAAUGGCAUGUAUUAUAUACAUGUAUGUACAAAUUGAAUGAUAGUUCCAUCAAAACACGUAGUCAGCAAGCAAUAUUGAUUGCCAGUAUAGUUUGAAAAUUAGGAACUUGAAACGAUUAGUAUAAAACCGUACAUACAUUAAAAAACGUUGGAAUUCCUAAUUAUUGUUUAAAAAUUACACAGUUUUCUUACUUUUGCUUUUGCCUCACUGGUCUUCUUAACUUCAUGUUAGUUAUUAAAUUGUUAAACAUUUUUUAAAAGAUAGAUAAGGUGCUAUGGGUUUGAGUAAUCGGCUGAUAUGCGAUUAUAAUCAAAUCAGAAAUGUACACAGACCGCAUAGUAAGUGCACAUCGUGAACCUAUAACGGGAUACCGUUAUAGUCUUCAGCUUAAGAUAAAAAAGUAUGAUAAAACCCACACAGAAACGUCCACCUGAUAUGCGCUUUAAUAUGUGUGUGUUAAUGUAGGCUAUGUAAUGUUCUCCAUGAUUUCCAAUGCCCGUGUCUCCAUUUCGGGUUCAAUUAGAAUUCUUUAGAAUUCUGCUUAAGCAUCAGAGAAAGAAAUGAUAUGAUGGAGAGUGGGACAAACUAAAUUCCAACGUUUGCUUUUUAUUUAAGCCAUUGACUUCUUAUCUCAUCCCAUCAUUAACGAAGAAUUGAGGUCAUCUUUUAAAAUAACUUGAGUCUAGGUAUCGUUGAUAUAUAUUUUGUUUUGUUCCAUUAUUAUGUCAGAAAAACAUGGCAUUAGGCCUAAUCAAUGUUAUUGUGUUAAUAUUUUUGUUAACACAAUCCGUAAUGAAGUUUUUAUAAGUUAGAUUGUUAAUCAUUUUGUUUAUGACCUUUUUGGAAGAAUUGUGAAUUUGCUGAUAAUGUGAGAAUGGGCUGAAGUGUUUCGUGAGAACAAUUAAUGUAUACGAUACGAUUAUUAUUAAGUUAUCAAGUUCAGUGUUAAGCUUCCAAUAUUUGGAUGUUCCGUUAAUCUUGAUCGAUUAAUGGUGCUUGUGGUAGUGAAUUAGCACCUACCUCAAUCGGUUACUUAUAUUUUUCUUAAGAUAUCGUUACAUCAUUCCUACCGUGGAAAUCACGAAAUGGAAACGUGGUUUUCAUCGAGUCAAAAAAGUGCUGCUUAGAAAAAUGUAUCAAUAAUAUAACAGCAAUGUUCAAAAUAAAAAAAUGCAAACACGUUUGUAGUAAA